AUGUCCCAGGAACCGUUUAAUACUGAUAUUGAGCACGACGGCGCAGGACUAAUGGCUCAGAACGGAGAUAAAGGUAGAGAUGGGCGGAAGAAGGUGCUGGUUGUAGGUGCCGGUGCAGCUGGCAUGUCAACAGCUUACCAUUUAUCAGAGCAUCCAGAUAAAUUCGACGUGACUUUGAUUGACGCAGUUGACUAUUGCGGCGGUCAAGCAUUCUCCAUUCCCAUUGACAAAGAACGGCAUGGAGCUUCCUGGUGCAACCAAGGCGUCCAAGGAGGAUCUUACAUCUUCCAUCAUACCGUCACUAUGUUCUCAAGGCAGGGCUAUCAUGCAGACCCUUGCAACCUACAUGUUUCCUUUGGCAAAGACGAGACCUUCUGGAACAACGUAUUUCCAACCCAGCUUCUGGUCCGCCAUGAAAAGGAAGUUCGUCGCCUGACGUCUGUUCUCAAAUUCAUGCGCUGGUUUGAGAUUUUCUUCGCCUUGCUUCCGCUAAAGCUCGUCUUCAAGCUCUUCUUGUUCUCUGAGGAAUUCACCAACACUAUUGCUUUGCCUAUGACGGCGUUGUUCCUCGGUACUGGCAAUGCUACGCCUGAAGUUCCUGCAAUUAUGUUUGAGAGGUUGUGUACUUCACCGACUUAUGGAAUGUGGUAUCCAUCCGACAGAAACACAGUUAUCAGUAACAAACCCCCCAUGAUUGUGUUCCCCAAAUUCUCAGAGUUCUACGAGACUUGGAGAAAGGAUCUUGUUUCUCGUGGAGUCACCGUGCGACUUUCAACAGAAUUGACUGAGAUCGUUCAGCGAAACAAGAAUGGCGUUGUUGUGAAGCUCAAGCCGAGAACUCCGAUGCCCGAUCAUCAUAACCCCAACGGUGGAGAUCCCGAUGCUCCCGUAGGCGAGGAAAAAUACGACGAAAUUGUGCUCUGCUGUCUCGCCGACACGGCAAAGAAAGUCCUCGGCAAGACAGCCACCUGGAAAGAAAAGAAGGUCUUGGGCUCAGCAAAAUUCAGCGACGAUAUCACCAUCACUCACAAUGAUUCCGAUUACAUGAAGAAGCAUUACGAGAACUUUUACCGCGAUGAUUUGGCUGUUGCGAACAUCAAUGGCACUGACCAAUCGGAUCGUCUGGCGUUUGCAAAGACAGAGUAUCGACCCAUGUACUACAUCAAGAUGUAUCCCGAGGAUAAGUCCAAGCUGGAAAUGUGCUUUGACUGCACGAAUUACCAGAGUCAAUUCCCUGAAAAGGUACCCUUUGAACAACAUGUCUUCCAGACGAUUUAUCUCAACAAGGACCGGGACAGCAAGCUCUGGACUGAUAAUGAGAUUGCCGAGGAUAAGAUUAUCCGAAAGGACUGGUGGCAUCAGCUCUGUCACGGCUACACUCACUACCUAUUUGUCAUUCCGUGGAUGAUGUUUCUGAAUGCCAAGAAUCACACUCGCUUCGCAGCGUCUUGGACUCUUGUCAACGCUCACGAAGUAGCCGUCAUGUCCGGAAUUGCGGCUGCAGUGGAUCUCGGCGCCAACUACCCUGAAGACCUGGAGAACGACAAGUUUGCAUUCUUGUGUUUCCGACUCUACUACCUUCUAACAUACGGAAAAUGGUACAGGAGACAUUUUACGUCCAAGAAGUAUCUAAAGUCCCAGACUACGGAGAGUCAGGCAGCUGCUGAUGGGAAGAGUUGGGCUACUGGACUUUAUGGCAGUGUUUAUAAGGGACCUGGUGUUUCGGAGGUGGAGAGGAGUGCCUGGAGGGAGGAAAUCAAGAAGGGUUCUAGUACUGGUAAUUUGUCCUGA